GCAGAGUCCGCGGACUCGGCGCCGAGGCGGUCAUCCGAGACGCGCCUCUCACGCUCCUGCGCGCGCCCGGCCUGGCCAUGGCGGCCCCCCGCCCGCCUCCCGCGAUCUCCGUCUCCGUCUCGGCCCCCGCGUUUUACGCCCCGCAGAAGAAGUUCGCCCCGGUUGUGGCCCCAAAGCCCAAAGUGAAUCCUUUCCGGCCUGGGGACAGCGAGCCUCCUGUAGCAGCCGGGGCCCAAAGAGCGCAGAUGGGUCGGGUGGGCGAGAUCCCACCACCACCCCCGGAAGACUUUCCUUUGCCCCCUCCUCCCCUUAUUGGGGAGGGCGACGACUCAGAGGGUGCCCUGGGAGGUGCCUUCCCACCUCCACCUCCCCCGAUGAUCGAGGAACCAUUCCCCCCUGCUCCUCUGGAGGAGGACAUCUUCCCCUCCCCUCCACCUCCACUGGAGGAGGAGGGAGGGCCUGAGGCCCCUACCCAGCUCCCACCGCAGCCCAGGGAGAAAGUGUGCAGUAUUGACCUGGAGAUUGACUCUCUGUCCUCACUGCUGGACGACAUGACCAAGAACGAUCCCUUCAAAGCCCGGGUAUCAUCCGGAUAUGUACCCCCACCAGUUGCCACUCCAUUUGUUCCCAAGCCUAGUACCAAACCUGCCCCUGGGGGCACAGCACCCUUGCCUCCUUGGAAGACCCCUUCUAGCUCCCAGCCACCACCUCAGCCGCAGGCCAAGCCUCAGGUCCAGCUCCAUGUCCAGCCUCAGGCCAAGCCCCAUGUCCAACCCCAGCCUGUGUCUUCUGCUAAUACACAGCCCCGGGGUCCCCUUUCUCAGGCACCAACUCCAGCACCUAAGUUUGCUCCAGUGGCUCCUAAAUUUACUCCCGUGGUUUCCAAGUUCAGCCCUGGUGCUCCAAGUGGACCUGGGCCACAGCCCAAUCAAAAAAUGGUGCCUCCGGAUGCUCCUUCUUCUGUGAGCACAGGCUCCCCUCAGCCCCCUAGCUUCACCUAUGCUCAGCAGAAGGAGAAGCCCCUAGUUCAAGAGAAGCAGCACCCACAGCCUCCACCAGCUCAAAACCAAAACCAGGUACGCUCUCCUGGAGGCCCAGGCCCCUUGACCCUGAAGGAGGUAGAGGAGUUGGAGCAGCUGACCCAGCAGCUGAUGCAGGACAUGGAACACCCUCAGAGGCAGAGCGUGGCAGUGAAUGAGUCCUGUGGCAAAUGCAAUCAGCCACUGGCCCGUGCACAGCCUGCGGUUCGUGCACUGGGACAACUGUUCCACAUCACCUGCUUCACUUGCCAUCAGUGUCAGCAGCAGCUGCAGGGACAGCAGUUCUAUAGCCUGGAGGGAGCACCAUAUUGUGAGGGCUGCUACACCGACACUUUGGAGAAGUGCAACACCUGUGGGCAGCCCAUCACUGACCGCAUGCUGAGGGCCACUGGCAAAGCCUACCACCCACAGUGCUUCACCUGUGUGGUCUGCGCCUGUCCCCUGGAGGGCACCUCCUUCAUUGUGGACCAGGCCAAUCAGCCCCACUGUGUCCCUGACUAUCACAAGCAAUACGCUCCAAGGUGCUCCGUCUGCUCGGAGCCAAUCAUGCCUGAGCCUGGCCGAGACGAGACUGUGCGAGUAGUGGCGCUGGAUAAGAACUUUCAUAUGAAGUGUUACAAGUGUGAGGACUGUGGGAAACCUCUGUCCAUUGAGGCAGAUGACAACGGCUGUUUCCCUCUGGAUGGCCACGUCCUUUGUCGGAAGUGCCACUCCGCUAGAGCCCAGACCUGAGUUGAGAUGGACCUCCUUCCAGACCACAGGUCCCUGUGGAAAAGGAAAGGAAGCCGUGAGUCUAGAGGCUCAGACCUCAGCCACCCUCCCGUGCCCGUGCUGCCUGGCCCCGGAGUUCUCACUCAGCCGUCAGCUCCAGCACACACUCCAUGGUGUCCAGCCCAGCCGAACGGAAGUGCAGGAUGUAGCGCUUCAUGCGUAUGGAUUCAAGCCACUCAGAGACACUUCGAUAAGGGAUCCCAUCAGAGCCACUCAGGCUGGGCAGGCGUAAGGUCACCCUGUGGGAAACAGGGUACCCUGUUUGUACCCCUUAAGUAGAGGAGCUGGUUGGCCCGGGCCACCACAUUGCAGCCAGCACGGAGUCAGAUGCUUACAUACAGCUCAUCUAGGCUGCACAUAAACUGGCUGUUACCUGAGCUGACUUCCUGGCCUGUUUUCCUGGUAUGCUCAAAGUGGCAGGCAGGCAGCAGACUGACCUGUUCCAUGGGUAGAUCUAGAGAGUGUGGUUGCCCUGGCCAUCCCUAGUGAAGCAAACCCUUUAGUCAUGAAUGCUUCUUGACUGAGAUAAAUCAGAAGGGGCCAACAGCAAGGUGCUCCCUUCUCCUAAGAUGGCCACCUAGGAGCAGCCCUCACUUGCCAUAUUCGACCCUGACUGUUAUUCUUACACUCUGAUAACCACAAUACAAUGAGUGUUCCUGUAGGAAAGCCAGCCAGAGCCAAAAACCAUUAGCAAAGUAAAUCUGCUGGGGGAAAAAAUAUCCAGCAUUCCAGAAAGAUUAGCACACACAGUCUCCAGCGUCCGAGGGAGUUGUGCUCCAAAAGAUAGUCUCAAAAGUUGGAACAUGGAAAACAGUUUCUUCCAGAAACAAGGUUAUAUAUGGUGGGUUUGAUAAACGGGCCAGUACACUGUGCUGCCUUACCCGAUAAAGCACCUCAAGUCCAGCCUCGCCUGGCUCCCAGGCUUGACUCCCUCCUUCCACUUCAUUCUCUAAAUUCUGGCCAUGGUUUUGAACAAAUAACAGUUUUGGGAAACUGGUCACCAUCUCUUGUUCUCACAAAGUGCUCCCUUCUCAGCAGGGCUGGUCCUUUGUCUUGACCUUGGCUGCCUCCCUCCCGUUCUCAGGAGUGCAGCCUCUGACCUGGAUGCUGCCAUUGUUCUGUACUGUCUGAUCUGUCGUCUCUCAGCCCUGGCCGACUGGCCAUGUAGUCAGAGGCCUCCUCAGACUCCUUCCUGUUCCUACCCUAAUCUAGCUGCCUAUGCUCUCAGGAGUAGGUUCCAGGCUGUAGCCAAAAGCUUGUACUAGUAGGUCCUCCAAGAUAUGUGACAUCUGUGAAUCUUUCCUUCAUGUUUGAAAAUAUAUAUGUGGGGGAAGGAAAAUAUACCAAAUUCUAGAUGGUCAGAGGAACACCA